AUGUUGGACAGUUCUCAGGCUGAAAGUGAGGGUUGUGGAGGAUGUGGAAAUUAUCAUUUUGAUCUUGAAAAGAAGAAAAAAUUAGCUGCUUCGAACCAUCUCUCUGAGCUGCGCCUUAUCCUUCUGGGCUGGCAAUGGCCUGGGAAAAGCCUGACUGGAAACACUAUCCUGGGGCAUGAAGAGUUUCGGCUGGAACGAGCAGCUGAAUUUUCAGUGAAGCGGGAUGCAGAGCGCUACGGCCGCAAGCUGACCGUUGUGGAUACGCCGGGCUGGUUUUCAGCUCCGACCACUCCAGCUGCUUAUCAACAAGAGCUGUCUCGUAGCCUGGCUAUGUGCCCACCAGGGCCGCAUGCUUUCCUGCUCGUUGUGCCUGUAGGCAUGUUCACAGACAUGGACCAGGCAAGAAUUGAGGAGAACUUGGUGCCAUUUGGUGAGGCUGUGUGGAGACAUACCAUUGUGGUGUUUACAUGGGCAGAGGUGCUGAAGAACAUGCCAAUCGAGAGAUAUAUCCAGCGCCAAGGUAGUGCACUGCAGUGGGUGCUGGACAAGUGCAAGAAGAGAUACCAUGUCGUCAACAAUGAUGCCUUUGGAGAGCGCACGCAGGUCCCACAACUGAUUGAGAAGGUGGAGAAGAUGGUGGCUGAGGAGGGAGGGCACUUCAGUUCCAUGUCGCAGGAGGAGAAAGCGCAGAAUCCGGUUACAGCUGAAGCUACUGAUAAGAACUCAAACUCAAAAGAGGUGAAAGAGAGGCGUGAGCUCGGAGCUCGGCCCAAACAGAACAGUUCCUUCAGCUCAAUACGGAUGGUCGAUGUGAAGAGUCCACACAAUUUGAUGGAAGAAGUGUCUGAUUGAAGGACAGGGACCAGAGAGUGAAUUAAUAUUGCUGGAUUGCAUUCCUUGAUCUGAUGUAAUUU